UGAUGAAGGAGCACAAUGAAAUAUUUAUUGUUCAAGCUCCACCCGCCUCUGAAGUACAACCAGGAGGAGAGCAGGAUGCAAUCCAAACGGAAGAGGACACCAUCGACAAUCCAGGAUCAGCAUUUCCAACAAGCUCAGAAGAUUCUCAUGAUGAUUCUGCAGGCCCUUGUGGGGAACAAGAUUUGCUAAGUCGCAGGAUGGAGCAUUUAAAACAGAGAAGUCAAGACUGCUUAGAGGAGGAUUCACUGACCGCUGGACAAAAUGAAACAUCUGCUCUUCAAAUUCCAUUGACCUCAGAAAUACAACCAGGAGAGCAGGAUGCAAACCAGUCAGAAGAGCACACCGUCCACAAUCCAAGAUCAACUUCUCCGUCAGGCUCAGAAGAUUCCAGUGAUGAUUAUGAAGAACUUUGUGAGGAACAAGAUUUACUGACUCGCAGGAUGGAGCAUUUACGACAGAGAGACCAAGAAGGUGAAGAGGACAGCACGGCCUUUGAUUCCGGGGAAAAGGAGAAUAUGAAAGUCCCUCAAGGAAAUGAUGCAGCUCAGCUUUGGCAUCCUGCAGUAGGGAAUCGGUUCCGAACCCCCUGUCGCAUGGAUAUUUGA